GCGAGGAGGAGGCGGCACGGGUGCUGUUUCUCCAGUCUCUUUCCCCUGUCUUUGUCUCACACACUCUUUUGUUAGCCAUGCCUAGCCUGCUGGUUCUAGCAGGGAUCAUGGAGAAAAAUGGGGGCUACGGCGGGGAUCUGGCCGGCUCCGGCUUCGGAAGCGAAGGUCUCCUCGUGCCGCCCGAUGAGGAGGAAGACGACUCCCGUGCCCUCAGGGUCGCGCUGGGCCAGUUGUCUCUACUGGGGCUCGGGGAAGGCGAGGACGGCGGCGGAGCCCCAACAACAGGAGUACAGGACCGGAGUAACAAUAACAACAACCACCACAACCACACGAACAGCGUCGGUGGUGGCGGGGACACGGCGAUUCUGCAAGGGAAAAGCAAGUUGUGCGCCCUGUAUGAGAGCUCCUCAAGUGAGACGAAAGGACGAGGCUGCAACAUAACAGAAUGCGUCCCAGUGCCCAGCUCUGAACAUGUGGCCGAAAUAGUGGGAAGACAAGGUUGCAAGAUCAAAGCCCUGCGGGCCAAGACCAACACCUACAUCAAAACCCCCGUUAGAGGAGAGGAGCCGGUGUUCUUAAUCACUGGCCGGAAGGAGGAUGUUGCACUGGCCCGCCGUGAAAUCAUCUCUGCUGCAGAGCACUUCUCCAUGCUCCGGGCAUCCCGCAACAAGCUAGGAGUGUCCUUUAGCGGCUCCCCACCCACACCGUUGCCCGGUCAGACCACCAUUCAGGUGAGAGUGCCAUACCGUGUUGUGGGGCUAGUUGUGGGGCCUAAAGGCUCCACCAUCAAACGCAUCCAGCAGCAAACCUGUACUUACAUCGUCACUCCCAGUCGAGACCGCGAUCCUGUCUUUGAAAUCACAGGGUCACCAAGCAACGCCGAGCGGGCCCGCGAGGAGAUUGAAGCUCACAUCGCUUUCCGAACAGGAGGCCUGCAUGACCACAAUAAUGAGAAUGACUGUCUGGGGCCGAAUGGUGGAAGCAGCCCAGCGGGCAGCAGCGGUGGUCUGGAGAGCCGGCUACAGCAGGUGUGGGGGCUGCAGGGGGGCCAGCGCAAGCCUCUCACCAGCAGCUACCGCCAGAACUUCUCAGAUGCCAUGGUUGGAGGGGGAGGAGGAGGUGAGGGAGGGGGAAUCUACAACAAGAGUAACUUCUCCAACUCCGGAGAGAAGCCAUGCUCUUAUUUUGGAUCAGAUGGUACCCAGAGCUGGGGCGACCCCGACUACCCCAAACAGGUGGCCUUCUACGCCCAGCAGCGUUCCAAGAGCUUUGGAGGCCUCCCACUCCCCCUGACCAGACUCUCCCCUGGCUUAACCGAGCCCUGCGGAGGUGGAAGCACCAACAACUCUUCAGUCACCAGCAUUGUGCCCGUAGCCGGCUCACCUCAUGCCCAGGCUCGCCGUGCCCACAGUGAGCCCACCUCAGCCGGCGAGGGUUUCCCAGGCCGUCUGCCAGUGCCGGACUCGCCGCCGGCCACUGUGCGGGACUGCAUGACCUGCUUUGAAAGCAAAGUGACGGCUGCCUUGGUGCCCUGUGGCCAUAACCUCUUCUGCAUGGAGUGUGCCAUCCGAAUCUGUGAGCUCAACCACCCAGAGUGCCCAGUGUGCCACACCCAGGUCACACAGGCCAUCCGAAUAUUCUCUUAAGGAACCCCAUCAGUUUUUAUCAUUAGUUUUGUCAGUGUUUGUUCAAUAAUUAUUUACUGUUAUUAUGAUUAUUAUUAUAAUACACAUUUUUGUUUUUCAGAAAAUUUAAAAACAAUCAAGCAGAUAUUUUAGAAGGCACUGCUUGCUUUACUAAAAAGUAUAAGAAAUAUUUUUAAGUUUUUCUUUUAUAUAUAUAUAUGCAUAUAUAUUUUAUAAAAGUUUUGUUUAUAAGAGAAGUAUAGUAACUUGCAUUUUCAGUUUUUUGACUGCUGCUGUUUUUCUUUCAUGAAUCACAGUGUAGGCAGAGGUAGACAGUAAUGUGAACAUUUUAUUAUUCAAAUUUUUAUUUUACCAUGAAGUGGGUUUAUAUGGAAGGAAGAAGAUGAUUGUUGAGGUACCCAAUCUGCACCUGACUGAGCUAGAAAUACAAUGUUGUUAUUAGAAGGAAAAAAAACGUAGAAUUUUCAUUGCACCUUACAAUCAUCUUGGUCUGAAAUAAGAUUUUCAAUCAUACCUUGAAAUUUCUGGAGCUGAUGUGAAGGUGAAUUCAGCCUUUUCAGUUUUACUCAUGUUGAUUGUGGUUUGAUACAAUUGGUUCAUAAUAGAUAUUAAUUUUAGCUAAAUGAAAAUGUGAAUAGAUUGGUUCUAGUCAAAGCCUGACAAGCUUUACGAGAAAACAAAAGAUGGCCCCUUAUUUCAUUCUUAUACAUUAAAGUCUUAUAAACCAGAUUAAUCCUAAAAAGGGAUAGGAUAUUACAUCAUUUAUUUAUAGUAAUUUGUUACAUUUUAUUGGUCUCAUUAUUCACAGAGAUAGAUGAAAGUUGUGUAUCAGUAAAAUCUUCUUUCCAGUAGCCAUUGAUUACACUUUGGCCACUACAGUUUGUUGAAAAAAUUCAGUAAUGCUUGCUCCUCGUGGCACUUGAAAAGCAUGUGGUUCCUCGGUUGGCUUAAAGCACUGAUUUAAUUUGUGAGGCCGAAAGCCUUGGAAUUCAUCCAGUUGGCUAGUUCUCGAUAUCUGUCUCCCCAAUGGACUUGUUUCAAAGCCACCUUUUACCGCGCUUUAUUGUCUUGUGUGGUCAUUUGGCCACAGUCGCUGAACGAUAUAGGACACAGCAAGAGCCCCAGUCAACAGGCAUUUCUCUGAGCUGUGCACUGUAAAUAAAGAGGAGAAUUAGUAUGUGGACAGAAGCCGAGUAAAACUGUAAAAUGUUUUUUGAAUCAGCAGCAGACUCCGAUUAAAAUAGUUGACACUGUAAAAUAAGUCCCAAAUCAGUAAUCCUUACUCCACGUCCCCCAAUACUAACAGCAUUAUGUGUGAGCACCGAGGGGCCAGCUGUCUCCCCUGUAAUUAGCAAAGCUGUACAGGAGCAGGUGUUUCAUGGCACACUGUGGCUGUGACCCCGAGUUGGAGGUCUCGCCUAGCCCCCUUUCUUUCUCUCUUUUCUGUGGCUUUUAUGUCUCCCCCUGCUUACAGUUCGAUCGCUUGCUUUCGAAGGCCUCUCUGAGUGGGGCGUAUUGUCUGGGCCCGGUAGCGGCGUGGGCUGCAGAGUGCUCGGACACGGCCUGGAUCUACUCAUUCAUAAUUAGUCAAAUGGGUUGGUCCAGGUGCGGACCGUGUGGGGACUCUGGAGCUGUAUGAGGGGUAAAACAGGGUCCCGCAGCGAGCCCCUUACUGCCCCACCCCACUGUUACAAGCACAGAGGGGGCUGGAUGCAGCUGGGCGAAUAGGGCCCCCUCCCUCUUCCACUCCCUCUUGGCCCUUCCACCCCCCUUUUCCUCUCCUUUUCUGCUGCUCUGAGCUAUCCCUACUGGGGGGGGGGCUUUUGUCCCAAAACACACACACGCACACAAAAUUUGAAAGACACUAGCUGAAAUUGGCAGCGCCUGUGAAAUGAGGGGAGGCUUAGGAGCAAAAUAAAUUAUCUACAGUUAUCAGGAGACACACCAGUCACCUUUCAACGUUAAUGUCACACAUUUGCCGUAUACCCAUUGCAAAUUAUGAAAAUGUAUGCAUUUACCUACAAAAAGAAAGAUUGCGUGAUAUUAUCACACGGGGUGCAGCAUUAACUCUCACUCCACUCCCCAAGUGCACCGCCCAGAAAUUUGAAUGGGGUUCUGUUUUUGUGACAGCGCCAGUGCAGAUCGUGUCAGCUCACUACUAUAUGGGACAUCCUGCAGCUGCCCCUUCACUAUGGACACCCUCGCUUUGAGCUUCCAGAAUGAAAUCAGACAAUUGUAAUUGACAGGAAAGCAGAGGAAACGCCCCAUUUAACCAGCACUCAUGCUGAAUCAAAUUACACACCCUCUGCGUCUGCCUUAGCCCCAGCCUGGGGAUUUUCGAGGGCUAGAGGAGAGCGAAUGGGGGUAGGGAUUAAAGCUGUUGAAUAAUAGGGGGGGGGGUCAUUUUGGCUGGAGAAAGAGAGAAGUAUGCUCCAAAAAAAAACCUUGUACAUCUACCAAUUUUAUCAAUCAUUCAAGUCUUGCAGUGAGUUUUGAGUUCUCACAUGUGGUCCAGUAGUGGGGGGAAAAAAUGGAACACUGGUGAUCCAGCAGGUUGUAUUGGAUAACAAUUCAACUCGGCUUCUGUCUCAAAAAAGAAUGAACAAUUACAAAUUGUGUCUUCUGGGACACAGGCCCCUCCUUUAAAAACAAACAACAACAUAUAAAGCAGACCACUCACAUUACGUGUGGACUGCAGGGAAAGCACUGUACUAGCAAAAAGUACAUUGAAAUCUAUCAGAUGUAGGAAUAAAUAAGAGUUAUGAUUUUAUGGAUGGAGAAAUUGCACAGUGGUUUGGCUUAAGCUUUCAACAUCAAAUUCAAGGCAGUACGACACUGUCCUUUGAACUUAGUAUUUUUAUUUUGUUUUCUGCCUUAAUAUUUUUUAUUAAAAUACUUCCAUUACUUUUGCAUACAAGGUAGCAACUUUGGCCUUUGAUAGUACCCCACAAAACAACUUUUAAAGUACUUAUUUUUGGAGAAAAGAAUGUGAAUCGAACUGCUUGGGUGGGGAUUAGAGGGAUUCAGGAAAUUAGGCUCUUAAAACACUUUUCUUAAAAUAUAAAGUAGAGCACCUUAUUACAGAACAUGCGCAUUUGAUUAAUACCAAACCGACCAUUGAUGGUGAAAUACAUUUCAUAGAAUUUGAAAGACAUGCACAUAAGGAUUCCCUAUCAUUUUUUUUAUAUUACGGUGGUUCCUGUUCUUCUUAUACUACAGUAGUACUAGUGGUAAUUUGGGAGACCUCUCAGCCAUUUAGUCAAUGCUGAUGACUUGGUUGAGUUUUGCACUGGUUUAAUGAAGAGAGGGCUUAUUGGAGAUUCUCCCUGUUUAGACGCUGUAUAAGUUAAUGAGUAUUGUACUUUAUGGGAAAGCACUCGGAGCAUCUAUGUAAAUACAGUAUGUGUAUCAGUUCUGAACAUCCAGACGAAGGCCCGCUUGAAGUGAGGUUUUGGUUAUUUUUACAAACUGAAGGUGUCAUUGUCAGUGUUUUAGCAUAUGGAAUUCAAAAUGUUUCUGAGUUUUAGGGAGAGUAAAUCUUUUAUAUAUGCGCCCCAUCAUCCUUUUGACAAUAAUAGUAUAUUAGAUAGAUCCAUACAUUUAAGAAAUAUUAUUUAAACUGAUUAACUUAGUAUUUCGUCCAAAUAUAUAGAUAAGAAAUUAACCAGACACUACUAUAAACUGUAAUAAUAAAUAUCGUUUAUGAAGCCGCUGAUGUAUAAAUCCAAUCUCAAAUAAAAACUCAAAUGAAUAGUAUGUGUAAUAACCUAACCCUUAAUGAAUACAUCACAUUCUAUAUAUAUUAGGAUCAAAAGCAAUAAUAGGACUAUACUGGGACAAUAAACAGAGAAGCCUGCUUAGUCAGUUCUUUACAUAAUAUUCUAUUCACAAGUUGACCUUGAUUAUUAGGAUAAUACCGUUGCAUUUCUGUCUCAUAUCUACUUAAAAUUCAUUAUGGAUACAUGCCAGUGUAGAAACGGAGAUAUAAUUAAUUAGUAACAGUUUCAGAAUAAGUAAUUGUUCUUGUUGUGUUCAUCAGGGUCUUUUGAUUGCUUAAUUUUUAUUUUACAUUGAAUAUCAAUCAGAUCACAGAGUGGGUCAUGGCAAACUUAAGGAUUCCUUCUCUGGAGUGGCACUGUAACGAUCUAACUGCAAUUUCUGUGACUUGGAGGAAAUCUCAUUGCGCUGUAAAAGUGAUCCCUCAAUUGUAAACAAACAAGACCAGAGCAUAAGCACCAAGGUCUGUCCUGUUUGUUAAAAAGCAGGAGCUGGUGACUUCACUUAUGACAGACUGAUGUCUCGAAGGCGUUGGUCAAAAAACGUACACACAGCAGUGAGGAGUAGAGGGUAGUGCAACAUGAUAUGAUGUACUGUACCAGUCAUUCUCUUAUAGCGGUCAUGCUUAUGUGAAGAGCUUUGAUUCUUUACACUCAUUAUUCUUUAUUAAAUUACAUACAGGGGCAGGCGUGUUACUUAUAGCAUAUCUUAAGAUGAUUUCUGUUUACAUAGUAAUACUAAGUGUCAGAUUUCAUGGCUCUAUUCGAUACUUGUUUUGCACCUACUUUUUCAUCUGUAUUGUUUUUGAAAGAAAAAGGUCAGACAUAGCCAAAGAACAAAAUAGAAGGAGAGGACAUGAGCUAACUUAUCACUUGAGUUAACUUAUUUUAGCAUCAAAAUCAGCAUGGUUUAGAGUUUAUUGAAUCAGGAUUAUUAAGAAAUAAUCUCAUAGCUAGAAUUACUCUGUUUACCCCAAAGUCUUAGAGGCCACUCAAUCGAUAUCUGUGAAAUAAAGGCAUAUCAUGUUUCAGUGUUGUAAGAUUAGUUUAAUACUACAGAGGCGCCGGUAACAGACUUACUUCUCCCCAAAGAGAUCAGCUUAAAGCACAUCCUGGCACUUACAGUCCUUUGAGUAGUUUUCUAUUGUCCUGUGAGGCUGGUGGAAGAAAAACAGUCCAGGGAAUGUCUUAAUCUUUCUGGAAAACUUGACCAAUGAGAUAAAAAGGGACAUCCCAAGGAAUUUUAAAAAUAAUUGACGGAAGGAGCAAAGGAAUCGUGAGUGAAAAUUUAAAAUUUUUAAGACCCUCAGAGUAAACCACAAGGGAUCACGUUUAGGUGUAAACAAGGUGACAGUGUAACAGUAACAAAACAACACUGUGGUUUUGGUUAAUAUCGUUUAGCGAGCCGUUAACUGUGUCCUUAAGUUUAACUGCAUGUUAGUAAAAUAUAGUACAGUAGGUAAGAUUUAUCAGAAAAAAGUUAAGAUCGCAUAAAGAAUUCAUCAGCAUGAUACCAUAAGUGUAUAAAAAGCUUUAAGACCUUAAAGUGAACAUCGGUUUAAAAUCAUAUUUACCGUGUAGUUUAACUAAUUGAUACAUAAAGUUUAAUUAUGACUCUUAAGAAUAUGCUAAGAUGUAAGUUUCAUUUGUCCAACUCACCCAGUAUGAAAUACGUUUCAAUUCAGUGGUGCAACAAAGGGGUGGGGUGACUCUCACAGUGACAUUUGAUUCAUUAAGUUCUUGUUAGUAUUAUUUACAAUAUUGUAUUAAGCUUACUAUUAUAGUAAUGGUAGAAACUGUUGAUGUUUUUCUUCUCUUGAUAUGAAAAGGUCUUUAUGCAUUUAUGUAGAAUCCCUUUUAAGGAGUGAUAGGAAAUCCUUAUUUUCAAUGGAUGCACUUAAGCAAUUUUACCAACCUGUUUAAAUCACACAUUGAGCAAGUAAUGCAUUUGAAUGUAAAAAAGAAAAAAGAAAAAAAAAGACCACUCAACUCAAUGCACUCCUUAUGCUUAUUGUUUUGUCAAUUUACAAGUGAGCUUUAAGUUUUUUGUUUGUUUUUUUGGAAAGAAUUUGCGACAGGUUUUCAACGUAGACUAUAUUUGAGUUCUUCCACAUACAUUUAUAGAAAGUAACUUAAAAUGAAUAAAAAAAAACAUAUUACAAUUUCUCAAAUCUAUUUUGCUAACAUUGGUUAUUAUUUCAUAGAAAGCAGAGGAAAAAAGUCAGUAUCUGGAUGUUAUUUAUGAAAAGUAAAAAAAAAAAUGAAGCAACAUAUUUAUGAGUAACCUCAAGACAUUUUGUUUUUUAAUUAAAAUUACAAGAAGUUAAUAUAUUUCUAAACACAGGGAAGUCAGUUUCUACUAAUAAGAAAAAUGAGAAAAUAAGUUUAGAAGUUUUAUUUAUGAAAGUUAUGGACGCUUGCCUUUUCCAUAUGCUUCAUGGUAAAUGAAGUAAAUGGGACGAGAGUUCCCCAUAGCUUAAAUUUUAACUUCAGACAUGCACAACUUCAACAUUGGUGCAUUCACAAUGGAAUAAUUACAGAAAAUAAUAUAAUAUUUUUUAGAAUUUGGAGAUAUUUUAGUCACAGAGCAUCAAUUUUGUGCCUCAAUUAUAUAUUUUUCCUGCAUCAGCAUUCUUUGUGCAGUGCUGCUUGCUGUAACCCCUUUCCCCCCUUCAACUAACCCCAUGUUACUGACUGAAACACAUAACCCAUUUCCUCUGUAAUCUAAACUCGCUUUUACUUAUCAAACGUAUAAAACAUGUUACGACUGCAAUGCUUGGAAUGAAUGAGGCAGCUGUGACCCUCCUGCCAAUAGGGCCACACAAAACUUGUACACACUUUCAUUCAUACAUUUUCUACAUCUACUACUCAGUUUGGGAACACUAGCAACAGAGCAUAAUCAGCUUAAAGAAAGCCUUUAUGAGAGAAUUUCCCUAAUGUGUUAAUUAGGUGAAGAGUGCAAAUCGAGCGGAGGCAUCUGGGACAGGACAACAGCGCACUGUGUAGUAGAUCUAUGUAACUAGAUGCACACAUAUACACACAACAGAUUCAUUACCGUACUAGUUUGCAUGUAUGUUGUAUGGUCACUUAGACAGGAGGAACGGUGCAGGUUCUGUGUUAUCCUUUAACAUCAGUACACUUGGGCUGUUUCUCCUCUGUAGAUUUUCAUAGUUGGAGUCUCUUUGGAAACUGGAAAGUUGACAUGAGUUUGGAGCCAGGCAAAGAUACCAUUUCAGUCCCCACAUCAAAGUCCGAUUUUGUAUUCUGUCACCUGUUAGUGAUGAAAGACUGUUUGCACCUCAUAUGAAUUAACUUGAAGUUUGUGUAAGAGUUGAUAGGGAUCAAAAAAACUUGACAAAAACACUACAAUGGCACAUUUUCUGCAUGUAAAGGAUGGGGACUAAAGCGGCGCUCACUGGUGAAACUCGCAACCUUUUCCAAAGAGACGAAUACAGUCUGACAGUUUGUCUUUGGUAGCAUUUCCAAUUUUUCCAGCACAGUAGAGGUGUUUCAUACCGGUCUAAUAGUGGUCGUAGUGCAUUAGUUUUUGGGCCAGGAUCACCUGGCGUUAGUUUCUGGUUUCUCUGUGAACAGUGAAAGAGGGUUGCCAAUGUGGCCCUCUGAGGCUGACCGUCAACUUUGAUGGAUGGAAAAAAAAAAUAAAAAAAAAAGUCUUUGAACUCUGUUACAGUAUGCCAUGCCCUUACAAGGCAUGUGAUAUUGCAGGUUUAUUUGUUAUAGCACAUGUUUUUUUGUGAAUUACAUUUUUUGGAGACAUUUUUAUUAUUAUUAUUGUAUCUGCGCCAUGUUAGUUCUGGUUCUUUGUUAUUUUUCCAAGAUUCAAGAUGUAUUGUAAAUGUUUCUAAUAAAACAAAAAUGAAAUGAU